AUGAGUGGCUUAAUCUUCCUCGUCGUGACCUCGGUAAGUGGUCAUGGCCGUGGCGUAUGUUCAUCACAACCUUCUUCCUCAAGCCACCAUCUAAUUGACCCCCCCCCUCUUCGCGUUUGUUACAGCUCCUUCCUCGCCGGCGCACUCCCCUUAUCCAUCAGCCUCACCCAAUCCCAACUCCGCUUCGUCGCCUCCCUCGGCGCGGGUCUUUUAGUUGGAUCAUGCCUUAUAGUCAUUGUCCCCGAGGGCAUAGAAGCCAUCGCCUCCGCCUCCUCCGACCAUCACCACGACGAUAAUGCCCCGCACCGUCACCGUCGCGAUGAUCCCCCUCAGACCGAAGACGACGAGCUCCCAGCCUUCCACAUCGGCCUCUCCCUCAUCCUCGGCUUCGCCCUCAUGUUCCUCAUCGACCGCCUCCCCCGCCAUCUAACAGACCGCUUCACCCCUCCCCCCCAAUCCCGCCACGUAUCCCUCGACAACCUCUCCACUCACCAACCCGAUUCCGACCUCGAAGACGAGUCCUUCCUUGGAAGUUUGACACCCUCCCCGAAACAAUCACGAUCACUAGCAACGACAAUAGGACUGGUGAUCCACGCGGCAGCAGACGGGGUUGCGAUGGGGGCGUCAGCGACAACAUCAAACAUGAACGUCGGCCUGAUCAUCUUCUUCGCCAUUCUGGUCCACAAGGCCCCCGCGGCGUUUGGGCUCACGUCUACGCUGCUUAAGCAAGGGUUGAGCAAACGAGCGGCGAGGGUGCAUCUCAUGGUGUUCAGCCUGGCGGCGCCGGUGGGGGCGCUGGUGACGUAUUUCAUGGUGGGCAUGUUGGGGGGGGAGCAUUUGGAGGGGGAGGAGGAGGAGAGGAUGUUGUGGACGGGGAUGCUGCUCUUGUUCAGCGGGGGGACGUUUUUGUAUGUGGCUAUGCAUGCUAUGCAGGAGGAGAAUUCUUUUGGAGUCGGGGGGCAUGAUCAUGCUGGGCAGGGAGGUGGGGGGGGUUAUUCAGAGGUUGGGAAUAGGGGGAAUACGGGGGGGGGGGGGUUGGGGUUGAGGGAUACUUUGGGGACGGUGGUGGGGAUGUUGCUGCCUUUGGCGACGAGGUUUGGGCAUCAUCAUCAUCAUUAG